AUGACGGUCCCCACCAAUCCUGACGGGUCGGAAGAUGUGAAUGACUUCCUGCUGCGCAUCCGGGAACUCGGCGAGCGCCGCGACAAGGAAGAUGAGGAGCGCACCAAGAAGCUGGAGGAGGAGAUCUUGCAGGGCCGCAAGGAAAGACAGGCCCGCCGAGCCGAGCGAGCCCGAUCCAUUGCCGGCUCCCCUACGCUUCAUGCCUCAAGGCUAAGUGUUUCCUCCAUCGGCCAAACCCCCUCCAUCGACCCUCCGGAGCAGCUCGAACCGACGCUACAGACACAAGAUCCCGAAACCCCGGGCGGAACGAAGUCAAGCCAAGACCUAGCGCCCUUGGAUUCUGGAGAGAAGAGACGUGGGUCGGUUCAGGACAUAGAUAUGGACUCUCCCUCACGAGCGUCGCCCUUGUCGCGAAGCCGAGCGGGGACUCUGUCAUGGCAACAGCGGCCAUCUUCGCGAGAUUUUGGCAGCAGAUCUCCCGGGUCGACAUCUCCAACCCGCUCCAGCCAUUUGAGAAAUGCUUCCACAGCAUCUACCGACAAUCAGUUGUCCCGAGCCCAUAUUGCUCAGUCGCUGUCAAGGGAUCCGUCCUGGUUCCGUCAGACACCUGAACCAGGAUCAAGUUCGCCAGUAUAUCGAAAGCCCGAGGAACGAACUGAGAGUGUCUCAGACCUCGGAACGACUCGUGGACUACCGGGGAUCAGUCGUGAGUCAACAGCGGAGCCUGAUCGGAAAGAUGAGGUGGAGGCGAGGUCACCAUCUCCGCCGAGAACAGCCUCGACGCUGGGUGAUAGUAAUUUCAGCAAUCGAUAUUCAAGCGUGUCAUCGGUGUCUCCCGCUACUGGGCUCGGAUCGCCCGUCACAUUGUCAGAGGCUCCAAAACUGGACCCGUCGCAGACCGAGUCGUUGGAAGACUCUCUGCCGCCUUCACCGACUCAGCGGCGCCUGUCUCCCGAACGGGCUCGGUCAACAUCACCCACAAAGGGCCUUGGCGGAUUUGUUCAGAGUGCGAUGAUGAGGCGGUCAGACAGUGUAUCGAAACGAUGGAGCGCGCAACUCCCCCAGGGACUCAGCCGCAGCAAUUCUAUCAUUUCCAACCGCAGUAGCAUGGCCGGUCCAAGUCUCACCGCUAGCGUCAGUGAUAUGACACCGGUAACGGCCACGCGACUGGGGAGGGACACCUCACCGCUGCCUUCACAGCGCCCGACUUCGAGCCAUAGUGAGGCAACAGUGCACCCACCGGAGGCAUCUGAGAGACCUACCACCCCCUCUGGUCCUAGAAACGAGUCACGUCUGGAAGGCAGCCCUAGCAGACCGCCAUUAUACGGCCAUUCUCGUUCCACCAGUUCAAUGACCGCUGACAGCCAAAUUGCCGAUACGCCAGCAAGCCCAUUCACUUCGAGAACCAUGGACCCCAAGCGAUGGAGUCCCACCAAGGCUUCCUGGCUGGAGAGUGCACUCAACAGACCCGAGUCCCCGCGGACUCAGAGACCCCCACCUCCACAACCUUCAUGGCAGCGAGAUCGUCAAUCGCGGGGCAGUGUGGACAUGGGUCGCUUCAAAGAGGUAACUCCCGUCGGUUUGAUGCGAACACCUCCUCCUGGUGGCCACUUCAAAAAACCGAGUAUUUCCGGGACCCCUUCGGUGUUGGGCAGCCCAUCUGUGACCCGAUCCAAAGAAUCAGCGCAUGAGCCCCCUGUGCCCGCCAAAGCCGAAGCCGAAGCUGACGCCGAGUCCCAACUCCCCAAAGCCGAUUCUACUGAGGAAAAGCCUAAGCUAGAAGAAGAGUUAGAGCAAGAUGAGCCAACGAAAGAAGAGCCCAAGGAGGACGGUUCCAAGGAAGACGAUCUCCAGGAAGCCGAUGCGAACACUGCAGUUUUCUCUCCUAUGGUUGAGCCUGAGCCAGAACAUGAGCCUCAAGCGGCACCAGAAGAACCCGAAGCAACUCCAGAGCCUGAGCCAACUCGCAAAGCACCUCCACCCGCCCUAAAUCCCAAAGUGAACUUCUCACGUCCUACACGGGAGCCCCUGUCCCCCAGACAGCCAAAGUCUCAGUCUAAUGUCAUUGACUUCAGAGCAAACCUGCGCAAACGUGAGGUAGCAAAGGACGCUGGGCCAGAGCAAGAACCCGAAUUCAAGAACGUUUUCGGCAAGCUGAAAAAGACCGAGACUCGCAACUAUGUCGCGCCAGAUGAACUCAAAAGCAAUAUUCUGCGGGGAAAGGCUGCUUUGAAUAUUACUGGAGGCCCCAAGAAAACCCAGCGCGUGGAUGAAUUCAAGGAGAGUCUCGUGAAGCAAAAAGAGGCCAUGAAGGCGGGUGGAGGAUCUAUCCGACGAAACACUGCUGGGGAGAAAGAUUACCCCGAGAAACCGAUUGCUGCUGUCCCUGAAGCUAUUGCCAAGCGCCAACUCAUGAACAAGACAAAUACAGGCAACAUUGAGCGAGCCGACGAGCAGGUUUCUGCCGUUCUCAACGAUUUCAGCCCGACAAAGACGACAUCUCCAGACCAGCCACCUCUGCCUCCCGUACCUGUCACUGAGAAGCUUGUUGAGAACAAUGAAGAAACCCAAAAUUCCCUUCCUGCCCCGAAUCUCGAUAUAACAGGCACUACAACGGAGUCAAUACCCACCAGCGAAGAAGAGAGUCGAAAGCUUGAAGAGCAAGCUCCCCCAGAGCGUGCGGUCAUUCAGGCCAAAGAGUCAGCUAGUUCGCUUCGUGGCUUGCCAUCCGCGAGGCGGGCAGUAGCAGCUUCUGCGCCCCCUCCAAGCUUCGCCGCGAAAGGAAAGCUUGCAGGUCGAAUUAACCCGGCUCUUGCAGGUUUUCUCUCUCGUGGACCGCCAGCUUCAACGGAGAGCAGCAAGAACGAGCCGGCGACGUCCGUUUCCCAAGAUAGCUCAUCUGCAUCGCCUUCCACUCCGCUUACCCAUAUGACGAAAGGUCGCGCCCGAGGUCCUAAGAGAAGGAUGCCCAAGGGGCCCGCAGCUGUCCCAUCUGCUCAAGAUACUAUGGAGGUUGGUGCCGUUUCAUCUCCUGACAUCAACCCCUCGCAGGCUGCUCCUGAGCAAGUGAUUCCACUGGAAUCUCCCUCGGAGAGCCUGACGAAAGAAAUCUUGGUUCCCGAUGCUGAAAAUGCUCAAAUAGAGAGCCCCGUCGCCAAGCAGCCCACAGGAGUAAUGUCCAGCUUACAGGACGCCCUCAACUCCGGAUUGCUACAAAGGCUGAGGAACAUUUCUCCGAUUCCUGCGAAAGAGUCUAUUGUCAUUUCACCCAGCGAGAAAGAGAAUGUAAAUCGUGGGUUCGAGUCGCCUGUGUCCAUCAGGCCCUUAAGUAGGCCACCUGUACCGCCAAAGCCAAAUGCGUCACCAUCGGUGUCGUCUUCGCCGUCGCCGUCGCCGUCGCCAAUGACUCCAACGGGGAAAUCUCCAUGGAGUCAGCAACGCUAUGCAUCGCCCUCGUCACCAUCACCUCUUCGGACAAGCUUUAGAGAAAAUCAAAUGGAAAAGCCAGCAACCCCUCCCCCAAAACCUGUUCCUGGAGUGACAGUCGCGACUUCCUCUCCACAGUCCAAGGAACUCCCUUCGCCACCUAUUCCUGUAAAGCGGGCAAACGUCUCCCUCGCCAAACCUCCCGAUGCACAUCGAUUGUCGCGGAAGAUGUCUGCACCUUCACUGGUUGCACAAGCGGCGGAAGCCAGAGAUGUUAUUGGUUCAUUCUUUAAGGCUUUCCCCAACCCCCGAGAUCGGAUGGACAUUGACCCACAACUGAUGUUGACCGGCAAAGCUGAUGCUGCCAAGAUCAGAACGAUGAAGCGCCAAAUCUGGGAACUGACAGGUGAUGGAAAGCGACAGGAACUUCCUGUCAACCAGGAGUAUGUUCUGUAUGAAGGAAGCAUGUACCUCUGUGUGCAUAUAUUCGAAGCUCAAGGCAGCAACAAUGCCGAGGUAUACUUGUGGUGCGGUGACGAUGUGUCAGAAGCGGCCCUAGACGAUGCAAUGCUGUUCACCCGGAAAGUUGCUCGUGAAAAUAGCUGUAAGCUUGAGAUCGUGCGCCAAGGCAAGGAACCCGUCAGAUUCAUACAAGCUCUCGGUGGCAUCAUCAUCACCCGCCGCGGAUCCAGCUCGCGCUCCAACUCCUCCGCUUUGUACAUGCUCUGCGGCCGAAAACACCUUGGGCAGAUGGCUUUCGAUGAGGUUGACUACUCACUGCGCAAUCUAUGCUCUGGCUUUCCCUUCGUGAUCUCCGCGCCCUUCGGAAAAUUGUAUCUCUGGAAGGGCAGAGGCAGUGGCCCCGAGGAAACUGGCGCAGCUCGCCUGAUCAGUAUGGAUCUUGGUCUGACCGGCGAGUUCGAAGAGGUGGAUGAAGGCCGGGAGCCAGAGACUUUCUUUGAGGAUUUUGCAUACUCUCGAGAGACCAAUCCGCUUAUGACUUCAGAAUACUGGAAGCUCAAGCCAAAGUAUGACCAUUUCCGAACUCGGCUUCUCCGUGUCGAUCAUGAACUUGCUCAGCCUCCACGCUUCUGGAUGCGCCGCCCUGGCUCCGGGUCCCCAGUUGUCCGACCGAAUGACAGCGUCCAAGAAAUCGAGCCCUUCUGCUCUAAAGACUUGACCGAAAAGGACGUAUAUGUUCUGGAUACGUUCUUUGAAAUCUAUGUUAUUGUUGGCGAUCAAGCCUCGCAGAAAUCGGCAGACUUUGCCUCGGCAGUUGUGUUCGCUCACGAGUACGGCAUCCUGGCUGCUUCCCUCCAAGACCGCCCAUUCAUUCCGAAGAGUUUUGUUGCUCUGGGCGGUAUCCCAGAUCGGUGUCAAAGCGCUUUCCGUAAGUGGGACUCACGCUCUCUACACGCACCAUGCGUUUUCCCUCUCGAUGUGGCAAUCGAAGCUCUCCGUUCCCAGGAGAGGAGAGAUUGA